AUGCGUAUUGAAGUGCUCACUGAUGAUCAAGAAGGAGACCAUUUUGUAGAAACUGUAGAGACGGACGAAGAACGGAAAUCAUUGCGCAUGUCCAUUGUGGAACGGCGAGAGCAGGAUAACAUGAAGGUAAUUCGUGAGUUUGAAAAUGAGUAUUGGUGUUUGAAACAAUCAAUGUUAGCGCUUGUGAUUCCAGCUAGUACGAGCAGAGAUACAGCUGUCUCUCAACAUCGACCAUCGUCAAUUCCUGAUUCUCAAGUAAGGGUUAAACUUCCAGAGCUAAAAUUACCGACAUUCAGUGGAAAACUAAGGGAGUGGAUUCCAUUUCGUGAUUCUUUCGCCAGUUUGAUUCACGAUAACGAACAUUUAUCAACAAUUGAUAAAUUCACCUAUUUACGUACAUCUUUGACCGGAGACGCCCUGCGGGAGAUAGCAUCCAUCGAACUCUCAGCCGUAAAUUAUUCCAUAGCCUGGAGUACACUGCAAGGAAGCUAUGAAAAUAAAAAAUUGAUCGCCAAAUCGUACCUAGAUGCUUUAUUUGCCGUCAAACCAAUGGAUAAGGAAUCCUACGAACAACUAAAUCGUAUUGUAGGAGAAUUCGAAACUAAUUUGCUGAUGUUACAAAAAAUAGGUGAGGAUAUUGAUGGAAUGAGUACCAUAUUACAACAUAUGGUGUGUCAGAGACUUGAUUCGAAUAUACUAAGAAGCUGGGAAAAUCAUCACAAUUCAACGGAAAUUCCUACAUAUAAAAAUCUCAUGGAGUUUCUGAAAGACCAGUGCAUGGUACUUCGCAGCAUUGUGUCUUUGAGAUCGAACCAAGGAGAAUCGAAAAAACCCGUUCGCCUCUCUACAUUCAGUCACACUAGCACUCAACAAGCGUUGCUAUGCCCAUUUUGUGGAAAUCAGGCUCACUCCCCGUUUAAGUGUAACAAUUUUACAAGGCUGAAGAUCACGGAUCGAGUUGACGAAGCAAAGCGUAAGUCACUCUGUCUCAACUGCUUGUCACCCGGGCACAUAGCGAGAUUUUGUACAAAAGGAACUUGCCACACAUGUGGAAGAGGUCAUCAUACCCUCCUGCACUCAGGUCAUCUAACUUCACCGUCUAAAAUAAAUCAACAGUCACAACCAGCAAGGAAAAAUCACACUCCCGACCCGCUACCAGAACAGAAACAAGAACAGUCUCAAGCUCAUGAGACAUCAGCAUCCAUUCAACAAGCUACGCGAAGUUCCGAUACCUUUAGAAGCCACAAUAAAAUUUCAAAUGCAAAUGUUAAGCCAACACACUCUCCUUGCACCACAGUAUACCCGUCUACUAGCCAUAAUUCAGUCCUCUCGUCAAGUUCGCAACGCGUCACGACAACAGUCCUGUUAUCUACUGCUCUUAUUAACAUAUGCGAUGGUUAUGGAAACACCAUCAUUGCUCGAGCCUUGUUGGAUUCAGGAUCCCAACUUUGUUUCAUGUCCGAGAAUCUCGUCCAGAAACUCAACUUCAAGCGUCGUCGAGAAUGCUUGCCAAUUAAGGGCAUUGGUCAAGCUAGUACCUGUUCCAAACAAUCCGUAACUGCGUGGGUUCGUUCGCGAACAUCUCAUUACACAAUUCCAAUGCAUUUCUUUGUAUUGCCGAAAGUAACUGCAGACUUGCCAACUACAAGACUUAACAUAACGCAAUGGAAAUUUCCGAGUGGAAUCGUAUUGGCUGAUCCCGAGUUCUAUUGUCCAAGUACAAUCGAUGUCAUCAUUGGAGCGGAAAUAUUUUACGAUCUCUUAGUCGAUGGACAGCAUAAACUAGAAGAAGAUGGACCAACUCUGCAAAACACUCAGCUGGGCUGGGUUGUGUCAGGGAAGGUUUCGAAAACGGUUAACUUCGAUUCAGCAUCAGCCGUAUUUUCCUGCUCAGAAGAGAGGUUGGAAGACAUGCUCACCCGGUUUUGGGAGCUAGAGACAUGUCGAACUAAAACCGUCAUGUCUUUGGAGGAGACAUUUUGUGAAAAAUUAUACGAUGAAACUACCGUGAGAGAUGCUUCAGGAAGGUUCGUUGUAAUGCUUCCAAAGAAACAGUAUUUAAUCGAACGUCUUGGUGAGUCUCGUUCAAUUGCACUAAGAAGAUUUAUGGCACUGGAGAGACGACUGGAGACUAAUCCUGCGCUUAAGAAAGCUUAUUGUGAAUUCAUUCAUGAAUACUUAGAUCUAGGGCACAUGCGUGAGAUCCCAGGACAGUUAUGUCAAGUAGAGUCAGCUCCAUUCCCAUACUACUUGCCGCACCAUGCUGUUCUGAAACCUGAUAGCAGCACUACCAAACUUCGUGUAGUAUUUGAUGCAUCGUGUGCGACGAUGUCCGGCAUUUCACUCAACGAAGCUUUAAUGGUAGGCCCGGUGGUCCAAGAAGACUUACUCUCAACGGUUCUCCGUUUUCGGAUACAUAAGUACGCCCUAGUAGCGGAUAUAGCUAAGAUGUAUAGAAUGAUCAAUAUGGCUGAGAGCGACCAUCGUCUUCAAAGAAUUUUAUGGAGAGAUUCUUCAUCAGAACCAAUUCGAACAUUCGAACUUUCGACCGUCACCUACGGAACUUCAUCAGCCCCGUAUCUUGCAACCAAAAGCCUCCAGCGUCUAGCAGAGAAUGAAGCCCAACGGUAUCCGAUGGCAUCAAAAAUACUUCUGAAGGAUUUCUAUGUGGAUGAUAUGCUAUCGGGUACGGAUAGCAUAGAAAACGGCAUAAAGUUAUAUGAUGAGUUAAAUCAACUCUUGGAGUCUGCGGGUUUUACUCUCAGGAAAUGGAGCUCCAACAGUUCGGAAAUAUUGGCAGUCAUUCCUGACUCAUUGAAGGACGACCGUACAUCAUUGGAACUAGACUCGACAACGGCGACCAUCAAAACAUUAGGUCUCUCGUGGGAACCUCGAUCGGACAACUUUCGAUUCUCUGUGCCUCAGUGGAAUGAUUCCACUGAGAUCAACAAGCGUAUUAUCUUGUCCGAUUUCGCUCGCCUUUUUGAUCCUCUCGGAUUGGUAGGACCAGUAGUUGUCCAAGCUAAAAUUUUCCUCCAAGAUCUCUGGAAACAGAAAUGCUCUUGGAUGGAACCACUUAGCGAAGAGCUUCAGCAUUGGUGGCUGAAAUUUCGUCACAGCUUAGCUGGAUUGUCUACCCUCAAUGUUCCUCGCUGGCUGGCCUUUAACAACGAUACGGUUUCAGUCGAAAUCCACGGUUUUUGUGACGCUUCAGAAAAAGCGUACGGGGCGUGCGUCUAUCUUCGAUGCACGAUGGUUGACGGUCAAAUAACGGUUAGGCUAAUCACAGCAAAAUCCAGAGUCGCUCCAUUGGAUGAUGUUCCACGCAAGAGGAAGAAGAUGACCAUUCCUCGAUUGGAAUUGUCAUCCGCACUGGUACUAAGUCAUCUCUACGAGAAGGUGGUUGACAGUCUUCAAGUAUCAGCUCAACCGUAUUUUUGGACGGACUCCACAAUUGUCAAGUGUUGGUUAUCAUCGUCACCAGCCCGUUGGCAAUUGUUUGUGGCGAACAGGGUGUCAGAAAUCCAACAUCUGACCCAAGCAGGUAUUUGGAAUCACAUCGCCGGUUCGGAAAACCCGGCCGACGUCAUAUCACGCGGAAUGACCCCUGAACAGUUAGCAGAACAUCAAAUGUGGUGGUACGGACCAGCAUGGUUACACAAACCACGAAAUGCGUGGCCCAAAACAGCGUUACUGGACACAUCAGAGUAUGAUAAAUCGUUGCUGGAAGAAAAAGCUGUUGUAGCUACUCUAGUUCAACCUCGUCCACCCAAUGAAAUUUUUAUGCUGCGAUCAACAUUGACAGCUCUCGUUCGCCUUACAGCGAUGUGUCGGAGAUUCACCUCUAAUUGUAGAAAUCGCAACAAUAAGAGGGCGGUUCAUUUAGAAAUGGUGUCGGAUCAAACUACUGAUGGGUUUAUCGCUUCACUUCGUCGUUUAGUUGCCCGACGCGGCCGACCGGAAAUUGUCAUGUGCGAUAACGCCAAAUAUUUUGUGGGUGCAAAGAGGGAAUUGGAUCAACUUCGUCUCUUAUUCAAUUCACAAACAUUCACCAACUCCAUCCCACAAGCAGCAGCAAACGAAGGCAUCAAUUUCAAGUUUAUCCCGCCGCGUGCUCCCAACUUUGGCGGCCUGUGGGAAGCAGCGGUGAAGUCUAUGAAAUAUCACCUCAAGCGAACUCUGGGCACAGAUAUCAUCACGCCAGACGAGUUCAACACCUUAUUAACGCAGAUUGAAGCCUGCUUGAACAGUCGACCUUUAGUUCCGAUCAGUAACGAUCCAUCUGAUUUGGACGUCCUCACACCAGCUCACUUUCUGAUACACCGACCAAUGUCAGCGAUAUUAGAACCGUCCUUACAAGAGCUGCGAGAAAACACUCUUUCGAGAUGGCAACGAGUCCAGAGAUAUAUACAAACCAUUUGGAAAAAGUGGUCCACAUCGUAUUUAUCAAAUUUACAAAACCGUGCUAAGUGGACCAUACAACAACAAAAUCUUACUGAAGGGAUGAUGGUGCUCGUCAAGGACGAUAAUCAGCCACCACUACGAUGGGUUAUGGGACGCAUCAUUGAGGUUCACAUCGGAGGUGAUCGAAAUGUUCGAGUGGUUAAGGUCAAAACCAAGGACGGCCUGUACACUAGAGCUAUUUCGAAAAUUUGUGUCCUGCCAAUUGAGGACAACGAGAUGCCAGUCAAGGAUGAACAUAUGGAAAGACAGCAACAGGACAUACAAACCAGUUGA